AUGUCUUCUUCAACUGUGACAAUCAUUCCAUCUCCAACUGACACAGAGGCAUUGGCAAAUAGAAUUAAUUUCCAUACAAGAGAUGCUCAUAAUAAAAUAGAUAAAAAGAUGACUCUUAAAUUGGCCGUGGCUUUAAGACACGGUGACAUUUAUAGACAAGGUAUAUUAACUUAUUAUUAUAUCUUUCAAGCAGUAGAAUCGGAAAUUAAUUAUCUUUUAUCAUUUAAUACUGACGCUACCAAAGAACAAAAAAGAACAGGCUCUCUUUUAUCUAAAAUUUGGUUAACAGAAUUUAAUAGAACUGAUAAGUUAUUCAAAGACUUGAAGUUAUUAUAUUCAGAUAGAUUCCAAAAUGAUCAAGAUUUGCUAAAUUUCAUUAAUGAAGAAUUUAAACUGAUUCACCAAAAUAAGAACUCAAAACUAUAUCAAUUUGUUAAUUUCAUUCAUAUUUCAAUUCAAACAAAUCCAUGUUGCAUUUUAGCUUAUUGUCAUGUCUUAUAUUUAGCCCUUUUUGCAGGUGGUAAAAUUAUUAAAUCAAAAAUUUAUAAAAAUUUAGGAUUCUUACCAAAUUUUAAUCAUCUCUCAUCAAAGGAAUUAUUUAAUAACGCAACUAAUUUUUUCCAAUUUACUGAAAAUAGUGAUAGCCUUGAAGGUAUAAAUUCUAUUUCCAAUGAAAAUAAAUUGAAAUUGAAAUUUAAAAGAAAUUUCGAAUUAAAUACAAGAUCAAAUUUGAAUGAAAAUGAGAAAUUAACCAUUAUAGAAAUUGCAAAACAAAUAUUCCAAUGGAAUUUAGAAUCAAUGGAAGAAUUGGGUCAAAGGAACCAAAAGGAAUUAAUGAACCUUUUCAGUUUCAAAUUGAUCAAUUAUCUUUUUGAAGAAUGGAAAUUUAAUGAUUCAAUAAAGAAAAAUUUUAAGGCAAUAUUAAUGUUCGUGAUACUACUACUACUAAUUCAAUUUUUUGUUAGCCGCUCACUGUUUACGUAA